AUGGCAACAAAAUUUGAAGAUGUUCGUGUCAUGGAAAAGAUACUUCGAUCCCUCACACCCAAAUUUGAGAAUGUGGUGACGGCAAUUGACAAAUCUAAAGACUUGGAGACUAUAAGUGAAGAGGAGCUGCUGGGAUCUCUCCGAGUUCAUGAACAAUGCAUUCUGAAGAAUGCAGGCUCCACAUCUCUUGAGCAAGCUUUGGAUUCAAAAUUAAAUCUUGACAAACCAAAGGGAGGUUGUGGACAAUGGAAUUCGAGACGUGGUGGUGCCAACUGCCGUGGUCGAGGUCGAGGACGCAGUAAUACAAAUGAUCUUGGUCUAUCUCAAGAAAAGAGAAAUUUCUCUGACAGGCGAAAGCAGAAUGUCCAAUGUUGCAACUGCGGAAAAUACGGACACUAUCCCUCAGAAUGUUCGUACAAGAAUGAUGAUCAUGUCAACAUUGUUGAAGCACCUAAUAACUUGAGUAAUGAAUCUACUUUAUUACUAGUACAAAAUGACUAUGGCGGUCAACAUGAUGAUUGGUACGUUGGCUCUGGUGCAAGCGAUAUGUGUGGAAGAAAAGAAUUUUUUGUUGAGCUUAAAGGAGUUUGUGGAACUGUGAGUCUUGGAGAUUCUUCAAAGCUCACAGUUGAAGGAAAAGGGAAGAUCAAGAUCUUUCUGAAAGAUGGAAAAGAAGAAUUCAUCUCCGAUGUUUAUUAUAUACCAAGUAUGAAAAAGCAAUACUUUAAGCAUCGGUCGACUCCUCUAGAAGGGAUAUAUCGUACACAUGGAAAAUAA